AUGGACUCGGUCAAAAAAGAAGAAACUCCAGAGGGAAGAAAAAAAGAAAGCAAGGCAGAAAAAAGAGCACAGAGCGCUCUAAAGCAGUCAGCCUCUACGCUGUCAGCUCCCCCGCUAGACCAUCCUCUUCUGAACCAGAUGAAAACAGAAAUAAGAAGACUUUAUGGUGAAAAAGUAAAUAUGGCAAAUACAAAUUAUAUUGUGAAGCCGCACGAGUUCAAGUGUUUGGCAAAGGCGCUUUCAAAAGCCCUGUGGAACGAAGAAAAAACCCUGGAAACAGUGGAUGACAUCAUAUACGCAGUGGAUUACCUCUGCAGCAAGAAACAGAGCGCGGCAGAGGACGGCGUGGAUGCCUCUGUAACAAACAAAGAGCUUCUUACAACAAUUCGAUUCAUAGCAUCUUCUCUCAGGGCUCUGGUGCCACAGGUCGAGAACAGAACAACACCUGCUAAUUCUCUGCUAUCUGCUGAUCUAAAGUACCUGAUGGAGUCUAAGGACGUGCUUGAAACUGCGCUAACCUCCACAGGGCACUCUACCCUUGAGUCGCUAGCCGCGGAAAGAACCCGAUUGAAAAAUAUUAUUUCAUCCAUCACCCAGACAUUCUCCAUCUCUCCUGCAGAAGACAUCCUGGCGUCGCUGAAGAACAUGCAGAAACAAGAAGAAAAAAGAUACAACAAUGAGCUUCUUCAGAGAGAUAGAAAUGCCGAGUGCCAGAAAAGAUAUUUUGAGGAAACCAUCCAACAAGCCAAAGAACGGAUCGCUGCUCUAGAAAGUGAGAACAAAAAUCUUGUGCGCCGCCUGAACGAGAGAAAAGACCGCACGGCUGAAGUCCUUGAGAGAGGCGAUGCUCUGGAGCAGAAUAUUUCGCAGAUAAAACAGGUUCUAGCCGAAGAAGAGACAAGAAUACAGCAGGAGAGAGAGGAGUACAAGAAAGUCAAAAAAACUCUCAUAGACUACAACAAGAAAAUGGCUAAAAUCGUCCAAGAGCUAGUGGAGAGAAUUAAAAAAGAGCAGAAAGAGCGGGAUAAUCUGAUGGCUCUUAGGGAUGGGAUGGAAGACGCAUAG